AUGAGCGUCACCCGCCCCCUCGGCCGCGUCCUGCAGCCCUUCCGCCGCACCCUCACCACCACGCCGGCCCUGCACAUGCACAAACGCCCGCCCCCGCCGCCCGUCACCCACUCGGCCGACUCAGCGCCCUACACGCCGGCCGACAUCGCCGCCCUCCGCAAGCACUACUCGCCCGCCCAGAUCACGUCCUUCCUGGCCGGCGAGACCUCGAUCUCCAGAUCGGACUUUGACCGCCGCGUCCGCCGCUCGGAGGCGGACCCCAUGCUGCUGAGAUACCUCGACGACCUGUCGACCAUUGAUCCGACGCUCGACUUUCCCAGCCACCAUUCGCCCCCGGAGUAUGUGGCGGGGCACCCGCUGCAGCCGCUGCCGGUCAUGGAGGACCCGUUCCAGGGGGGGGACGAGGCGGCCGUGCCGUGGAUCCGCGAUGUCAGUCGGCGCAUCGGGUUCAGUGAGAGUGAGGUGGCGAAGUUCCGGACGAAGAUCCUGGUCACGCAUCGCGUGGUGAACCAGACGCAUAUGGGCAAGAUCCAGAAGAUCUAUUCGCUGGCGGUGGCGGGGAAUGGGAAUGGGCUUGUGGGCAUCGGUGAGGGGAAGGCGGUCGAGCAUGAUGAUAGUCAGAGGAUGGCGACGUAUAUGGCCGUCAGGAACUUGGAGCCGGUCCCGAGGUAUGAGAAUAGGACGAUUUAUGGCGAUGUGGAGGUGAAGCUGGGCGCCGUGGAGUUGGGGCUGUAUUCUAGGCCGCCGGGCUUCGGUGUCCGCUGCUCGCAGUACGUCUUUGAGAUUGCCAGAUGCGCUGGAAUCCACGAUCUCUCAGCGCGGGCCACUCGCUCGAGGAAUCCCAUGAACGUUAUCAAGGCCACCAUGCACGCCCUGAGGAGCCAGAAGCUGCCCGAGACCAUUGCUCGCGGCAGGGGAAAGAAGUUUGUGGAUGUCAGGAAGGUCUACUACAAUGGUAUGGUGUAG